AUGAUAAACUGCAUAAGGUGUUGCAUCUCUUGCAUCCUCCCAUGUGGGGCUCUCGACGUCAUUCGCAUAGUGCACUCCAAUGGCCGAGUUCAGGAAAUCACAGGCACCAUCAAGGCCAGUGAUGUCAUGAAGGCACACCCCAAACACGUCCUCAAGAAGCCAUGCUCCGCCGCCGUCGACGGCGGCAGCGGAAGUGGGGUCCACAAGAUCGUGGUGGUGCCACCCGAUGCAGAGCUCCAACGUGGGAAGAUUUACUUCCUCAUGCCACUCCCUCCCUCUCCUCCUCCUCCACUGGAGAAGAACCAGCAGCAGCGGAAGAAGAAGAAUAAGAAGGAACAGAGAGAGAGAAGUAGGAACAACACCAACGUGUCCAUGACUAUGACUAGCUUGCUUGUCUCUGAUCGCUACCUGACUGAUAUACUUUCAGAGAAAGUGUCAACGCAAAGAGACAGAAGAAGAGGGCGUGUUGCAGUGUGGAGGCCUCACCUGGAGAGUAUUUCGGAGUCACCUUCUGAUCUGUAA